AUGGAGCCAGCGAAUGAGGAGACUGGUCUGGUGCCUCCGCCAUUCUCCCCUCAAGGUUCCCCGGUGGCUGCGUCGGUUUUAGAUGGGGUCGAUGUCAGCAAUGGGUCAGUUCUGCCCCGAGCGCAGAACAAAGCCUCUGAAGAUCGCCCAGUGUCUGGCAUAGUCCCGCCAUAUUGGACUCACCAUCGAAAUGCAUCCCGUGCAUCCCACGCCUCUCUCGAUCGAUGUCCAGCCAUUACGCUAGAGGACCAUACGGAGGAUCCUAACUCUGAGACUAGCCGCGGGCUAUGGGCCCGAAGCGUGUCGGUCAAUGACUACGUAGUUGUCCAAGGAAAAUCCGGCAUCGGAUCGUAUGUGGUGUGGAAUUGCGCGAUACAGACGCUGGAGGGUGGCCCGAUCAUGAUUCGCAUGAGGUACUCCGAAUUUGACGACUUAAGGAACCAGCUUGUAUUGUCAUUUCCACAUGCCAAAAGUGCUUUACCAGGUCUUCCCCCAAAGAGCGUUCUCUUUAAAUUUCGCCCGUCGUUCCUGGAAUCAAGACGAGUCGGCCUCGAGUACUUUUUGAAGUGA